AUGUCUUUCUCAAAAUAUUCUGAAUGGUUGAAAGAAGAAUUGCAAAAGGGUAACAUAGAAUUUUAUAAGUAUUCUUCGUUUGAAAAUAUUAUCAAAGGUAUUGGAAAAGGUGGGUUUGGAUUAAUUAGUUCAGCAGACUGCAAUGGGAAAAAGUUCGCACUGAAAAACCUUGGAACUAAGGAAGCGACUAAAGAUUUUGUUAAUGAG